AGAAGGCCCCCGAUCUAGGCGUGUCGCUGGUGAGGUUCGUCUCAAACAGUCUUGAGGAACUUUCGCCUACUGUUGCGCACAGUCGAGCGUCGUUCUCGCUUCUUAGUAUCCUAUCGCAUCGUACGUACCGCGUCAGGUACCGGCCGAUUGCAUCGAUCCUCUUGCACUGCACUGCGUUCGUCAGCUGGAGCCUUCGGAAGAGCACAUCACGUGCAGCAACCAAGAGCACCGAGGAUGUUAUCGGCCGGCAAGUCGAAGAGUAACACUGGUAGCAAACGAACAGGUCCUCCAGGAGAAAAUGGAAGCCGUGGCAGUCCGUCUGGUGCGACCAAGACUGACAGCGCGAGUAACUUAGCAGGUCCUCCAGGGGGAAGUGGAAGCCGCGGAAGUCCGCCUAGUGAGGCCAAGAUUGACAGCGCGAGUAAUCGGAUCGGAGCUCGGGGUGGAAGCAGCUGCAAUGGCAGUCCGGCUAGCAGCGACAAAAAACCCUCUCCGACCGAGGUCUCUCCCAAGCCAAGCCCUCCCAAAGCGUCGCCUGGCACCGACGUCGUUGCGUAUCCCAAAGCAAGUUCCAGUGCUCGCGCUUCUCCAUCCAGCCACAAAAAGAAGUCUUCCAGCGCCAAACAAUCAAAAAGCAGAACGAUGCAACGGGCAUCUACCGCGAACAGCGCUGGAGUAAAGGAAACCGAGGCGGAAGACGGCGGCAAACGCCCGGCAUGCUCGACCUCCCCUGCUGACGUCGCAGCCGCUGAGCAUAGAGAGCACAAAAGUUCUCCUGGUGGUCAACAAAGCCACAAGGGCAAGCUUAAGAUGCCCGAUGGAACGUACGUGGGCGUCGAGGAACGCAACCGAUACAUCAGAGCCAUGCAAGAAAAGCACCUCCGGUGCCACUACGCUCCCUACGUCUUCGUCUGCGGCGUUGGCAUCGUGAUGCUGACAUUUCUGUACAUCCAGAUAUAUCACCCAGAUGUGUGGGACGACGUGAGUAGAACGCUCAGGCAUCUUCUUGGCGCUCCCGACCAAAUGGAACAGGCCCAAAAGGAGAGAACCAAUGCUACGACUACGACUGGAACUACAACGAUACCUCCGUUCAACGCUUCAGAUAGCACGUUUUCUGGUCCAUCCUCGCCCACAGCGAAGGAGACCGCUGACGCGCGAUGACGGGCGCAAAAGCAGCGUGUGCUUUGUUUAGCAGUGUCCUUUAUUGGUGUCUCUAAAUCGACUGUUAUUGCGAAUUGUUUUACAUCUGCAUGCAUAUUCUUCUAUAAACUAUGAGCCGUGAAUUUGUAAAUUUGU